GAGCAAAACAUCACCACUGAGAAAGUCUCCCAAAAGUGGAAGCUCUCGAAGUUCUCGUCGGCGCCACAGGGCGCGCUCGGAACCGCAAGUGGACCCGGGCCACGUGUCCCGCCCCGCCCCCGCCCCCGCGUCUGUCGGUUCCGUGGCCAGCCCGCUGCUCCCGCGGCCGCCGCCGCCGCCGCCGCCGCCGCUCCUGCGUGCGGACUUGUUCGCCUGACGUCGUGGUCCGGAGCGUCGCAGCCGCCACUGUCGCCGCCACUGUCGACGCCGCCGCCGCCGCCGCCUCCUUGGCGCGUUUGUCCCGUUGCCGAGCCGUCAGCGUCGCCUUGUGACGUCACGCGUCGAGGAGCCCGAGCCUUUCCCAAGCAUUCCAUGGCGCGGACCCCUGGCAUUCUCCUGGUUCUGUCUGGACUGCUGGUCCUGGGCCAGAUUCCAGCGGGGGCACGGGGGGAGGAGCCCGUCGGGCCGCCCGAUACCGCCGCGGCCGAGUCGGACCCCGGCAAAUGCCCGGCGGACUGCAGUUGCACGGCCGAGGGGGCGGUGGACUGCGCCGGAGUGGACCUCACCGAGUUCCCGGCGGGGCUGCCGGCGACCGCUCGCCAGCUGUCGCUCCAGAACAACAAAAUCGAGGAGAUUCGGGCGGAGCACCUGUCGCAUCUGCACCUCCUCGAGACUCUCAACCUCCAGAACAAUUGGCUCAGCGCCGACGGCCUGGAAGAUGAAGCGUUCGAGACGUUAGAAGAACUGGCGUAUUUGUACCUGGCCAACAACCGGCUCACCUCGGCCCCCAAAGCUUUGCCGCCUUCGUUGGUCAGCGCUGACUUUGCCGCCAAUCAGCUUACCGAGAUCUUCCCGUACACGUUUGGCUAUAAACCAAACCUGAAGUCCGUCUAUCUCCACAACAACAAGCUGACGGACGGCGGGCUUCCCGAUCGCAUGUUCAAUGCGUCCGACAACCUGGAGAUCCUCACCAUGUCCAGCAAUUUCCUGCGGACCGUCCCCACGAACCUGCCCCCGAGCUUGUACCGUCUUCACCUGAAGAGCAACAAGCUGGAGAAAAUCCCACCCGGAGCCUUCGACAGCUUGAAGAACCUACGAGAACUUUACCUGCAGAACAACCUCCUGAGCAACGAGGGCAUGGACAAUGAGACCUUCGGGCAACUGAACAGCUUGGAGUGCCUGGACUUGUCCAACAACAACCUAAGCAUGGUGCCCAAAGGUCUGCCCCGCAACCUCGUGCUGCUGCACCUGGAGAAGAACUCGAUUCGGAGCAUCCCCGCAGAGGCUCUCAUUUCCGUGCGCAAUCUGGAGUACCUUCUCCUGCACAACAACAAGCUGCGCUCGCGCUUCAUCCACCCGGCCGCCUUCCAGGGCCUGAAGAAGCUGCACACCCUUCACAUGUACAACAACCAGCUGGAGCGUGUUCCCAGGGGUCUUCCUCGGCGGGCCAAGACUCUGAUGCUGCUCCACAAUUCCAUCUCGGAAAUCGGCCGCAACGACCUGGCGCUGUUGUACACGCUGACCGAGCUCAACCUCAGCUACAACCAGCUGAGCAACGGCAAGCUGCACCGCGACGCCUUCCGGAAGCUGCGCCUGCUGGAGACGCUGCACCUGUCGGGUAACGCGCUGCACUCGCUGCCCGUCGGCCUCCCCCGCAGCCUCAAGACGUUGGAGGUGAAGAACAACCGGCUCAGCACCGUCCCGGACGGCGCUCUGACGGGCAUGGACAAGCUGCAGAAGCUCAUCCUCAGCGAGAACCAGCUCAGGCACAACUCGGUCUACCAGGGGGCCUGGAUGGAGCUCAGCGCGCUCACGACGUUGGACCUGUCCAGCAACCAGCUGUCACACGUCCCCUCGGACCUGCCCGAGUCCCUGGAGUACCUGUACCUGCAGAGGAACCGCAUUGCCAGCCUUCCCGUCUCCGCCUUCGAAGGCACCCCCAACAUCAAAGGGAUAUUCCUACAGUUCAACCGUCUGUCGGCGUCGGCGGUGGACGAGAGCUCGCUGGCUCACCUCAGCCAGCUGCAGGUGUUCGACGUCGGCGGCGGCGGCGCCGGCGAGGAGGAGGAAGAGGAGGAGGAGGACGAGGAGGAGGAGGAGUCAAAGUGACUUUUGGCGUUCCCGGUGCGGGAUACCGGAUGAGAGCUAGCUUGGGCUGCUUUUUAUAGACUUGUACAAAUAGAUACGUCCGGAUGCGGUGCCUGUCGCAUAGUUCCACAUCAUUUGUUUGCUUUUGUCUGCCAGCAUAUAAACAACACGUCAACUUGGCUGCGCUUCGCACGCCGUUCCGCGAUAUUGCGAGCACGUGAGCGGCUACGUCGUCGCGGCGGCCGCCGCCCCGAGAAUCGGUUGGCGGGCCCGCUCGCCAGCCGCUCACGUGCGUCCCACGCUUUGUUGUAUUAAAUGGCGGCGGCAAAUUAAAUAACAACAACAAAAAAAAGUGACAUUCAUUGUAACUGUUUGUAUUUCCCCACACCAAUAAAAACACACCAUUUUUUAGUAGUUGUGUAUAAAACAAAAUAAAAGGAAAAUAUGAAGAAAUUA